UUAGGUCUUCAUUUAAGUCUGUUUUGUAUUAACUACAGACUAGUUUGUUCUGACUUGGGUUUCUUUGCCUUGACUUAGAAUUAAUCUUAGGGCUUUGUGAUCUUGACUUUGGAUUGUUCAUCUUGCAGCUCAAACUAGCUGAUAAGCCAACGACCAAAACAUAUUAAACCACACGAUGAGCAUGACAACAUAUCUGCCUGUCCUCACAUGAUUUCUUACUUCUACUUUUUGAAUCUACUGCAGUGCAUCUAUGGCUGCCCUGGAGGGCCUCUAUUUACUAAGCAGGCAUAUGCAGCAGUCCUCCACCAUCAGCAGAACCCUGAGUUUUAUGACGAGAUAAAGAUAGAGCUGCCUACUCAAUUGCAUGAGAAGCAUCACCUUCUCUUCACCUUCUAUCAUGUGAGCUGUGACAGCAACAGCAAGAAGAAAGAUGUGGUGGAAACUCCAGUUGGCCAAGUGUGGCUGCCUCUACUAAAGGAUGGCAGAGUUAUCAUGAAUGAACAACAACUUCCUGUGGCUGCCAAUCUACCUGCUGGGUACCUCAGCUCCCAGGAUGGUGUGAACAAGCACUCUGGGUUGGAGAUCAAAUGGGUGGAUGGAGGAAAACCCCUUUUCAAAGUCUCAACUCAUCUUGUAUCCACAGUUAACACUCAGGAUCAGCACUUGCAUAAAUUUUUUCACCACUGCGAAAGCAUGGAGAUGUCAGAACAAGCUUCGGAGGGAGAGCUUGUUAAAUACCUGAAGAGUCUCCAUGCAAUGGAAGGUCACGUGAUGGUAAACUUUCUGCCCACCAUUCUCAACCAGCUAUUCUGUGUCCUGACCAGAACCACACAUGAGGAUGUGGCUGUGAAUGUGACCAGGGUGAUGGUUCAUGUGGUAGCACAGUGCCAUGAAGAGGGACUUGAGCAUUACCUGAGAUCGUAUGUCAAGUUUGUGUUGAAACAAGAUCCCUAUUCUGUCACCAAUGUAAAAACUGUUCAUGAGGAGCUGGCAAAAGCCAUGACAGCCAUUCUCAAACCAUCAACAGACUUCCUGACUAGCAACAAGCUUCUAAAGCACUCCUGGUACUUCUUUGAAGGUCUGGUGAAAUCCAUGGCUCAUUAUCUGAUAGAGCACGGGAAGGUUAAGGUCUCCAGGAACCAGCGCUUUUCUGCAUCCUACUACCAUGCAGUAGAGACUCUGGUCAAUAUGCUCAUGCCACACAUCACCCAGAAAUAUAAGGACAAUCUUGAUGCGGCUCGCAAUGCCAACCGCAGCCUGGCAGUUUUCAUUAAGCGCUGCUUCACCUUCAUGAACAGAGGCUUUGUAUUUAAGCAGAUCAACAACUACAUGAACUGCUUUGUUCCUGGAGACCCCAAGACCUUAUAUGAAUUCAAGUUUGAGUUCCUGCGGGAGGUCUGCAACCAUGAGCACUAUGUCCCUUUAAAUCUGCCCAUGCCUUUUUGGAAAGGGAGAAUACAGAGGUUCCAGGAUCUCCAGCUGGACUACUCGCUGACUGAUGACUUCUGUCGAAACCACUUCCUGGUGGGACUGCUGCUCAGGGAGGUGGGUGGUGCACUUCAGGAGUCCAGAGAGAUUCGUCAGAUUGCCAUCCAGGUGCUCAAGGGACUGAUGAUCAAACACACGUUUGAUGACCGCUAUGCUUCCAAAAGCCAGCAGGCCAGACUUGCCACUCUCUACCUCCCUCUGUUUGGCCUGCUUCAGGAAAAUGUUUAUAGGCUUGACAUCAAAGAGUCCGCGCCUCUCGACAAUUGUAAUGUAAAUAACCCACGAGAGGACUCUCCGGUACAGACCUCCAUGGUGACUCCUCAGAAACCUGGCAGCUGCAUAGAGAAUGCUCUCCACAAAGAUGUGUUUGGGGUCAUCUCUGGAACAGCCUCUCCUCAAAGUUCCACUACCAACGCCAGCUCAGUUCACCAUGCAGACUCCAAAGGCUCUCUGGUCUCUACCGACUCUGGGAACAGCCUGCUGGACAAGAGCAGUGACAGGACCAACUCUCUGGAAAAGAAUCCGUGCGCAUCAGCCCUGGGCAGCACUGUGCUGCGCUCUGACAAACUGGACCAGGAUGAGAUCAAAAACCUAUUUAUGUGUUUUCUGCAUAUCCUCAAGAACAUGUCAGAGGAGGCUCUGUUUGCUUACUGGAGCAAAGCUGCUUCCUCAGAGCUAAUGGACUUCUUCACACUGAUAGAAGUCUGCCUUUAUCAGUUCAGAUACAUGGGGAAGAGAUUCAUCGCCAGGAUCCAUGAGGGGGCGGGGCCUGUAGGUCCUGACAGGAAAUCACUGACUCUCCCUGUGUCUCGUAACAGAGCUGGGAUCCUCCACGCCCGUCUGCAGCAGCUGGGAUCUCUGGAGAAUGCUCACACCUUUAACAACACGUACUCCCAUACGGAAGCAGAUGUGAACAGCCAGUGCCUUCUAGAGGCCAACGUGUCUACAGAGGUCUGUCUCACUGUGCUGGACACACUUAGCACUUUCAUCAUGGGGUUCAAGACCCAGCUGAAUUCAGAUCUCGGUCACAAUCCCCUGAUGAAGAAGGUUUUCCAGGUGCACUUGUGUUUUCUGCAGAUACCUCAGUCUGAAGCCACCCUCAAACAGGUCUUCACCUCACUCAGGACUUUCAUUUACAAGUUCCCUUGUACCUUCUUUGAUGGCCGGGCCGACAUGUGUGCCUCUCUCUGCUACGAAAUUCUCAAGUGCUGUAACUCCAAGCUGAGCUCCAUCCGUAGUUAUGCUGCCCACCUUCUCUACUUUCUUAUGAAAAGCAAUUUCGACUACACAGGUCGCAAAUCCUUUGUACGAACACAUCUGCAGGUGGUAAUUGCUGUCAGUAAGCUGAUUGCUGACGUCAUCGGCAUAGGGGGUAUGCGCUUCCAGCAGUCUCUCUCCAUCAUCAACAACUAUGCCAACAGUGACAAGACCAUCAAGCACACGGCGUUUCCUUCAGAUGUGAAGGACCUAACAAAACGCAUCAGGACAGUGCUGAUGGCCACAGAGCAAAUGAAGGAGCAUGAAAAUGACCCGGAAAUGCUGGUAGAUCUCCAAUACAGCUUAGCCAAGUCCUACACCAGCACCCCUGAGCUCCGUAAAACCUGGUUGGACAGUAUGGCUCGCAUCCACAACAAGAAUGGGGAUCUUUCAGAGGCAGCUAUGUGUUACGUGCAUGUUGCUGCUUUGGUGGCUGAGUAUCUCUGGAGGAAAGGCAUGUUCAGGCAGGGCUGCUCAGCUUUCCGUGUCAUCACUCCGAACAUUGACGAGGAAGCAGCCAUGAUGGAGGAUGUUGGGAUGCAGGAUGUUCACUUCAGUGAGGAGGUGCUGAUGGAGCUUUUGGAGGAGUGUGUUGAUGGCCUCUGGAAGGCAGAGCGUUAUGAGCUCAUUGCUGAUGUCUAUAGGCUCAUCAUUCCCAUUUAUGAACAGUGCAGAGACUUUGAGAAACUGGCACACCUGUAUGAUAGACUCCACCGUGCCUAUACUAAAGUGAUGGAAGUAAUGCAUUCUGGCAAGAGGCUGCUUGGCACGUACUUCAGAGUGGCCUUUUUUGGACAGGCUGCGGGCUUCUUUGAGGAUGAGGAUGGAAAAGAAUACAUCUACAAGGAGCCAAAGUUCACUCCACUGUCUGAAAUUUCCCAGAGGCUCCUGAAGCUAUACUCUGACAAAUUUGGCCAAGAAAAUGUCAAGAUUAUUCAGGACUCUGGCAAGGUGAAUCCGAAAGAUCUGGACUCAAAGUACGCCUAUAUCCAGGUAACUCACGUCAUGCCCUACCUCGACGAAAAGGAGCUUGAGGACAGGAGGACAGACUUUGAGAAGAGUCACAACAUCUGGCGCUUUGUGUUUGAAACACCAUUCACAAUGUCGGGCAAAAAGCAGGGCGGGGUGGAAGAGCAAUGUAAACGGCGGAUUGUUCUCACCACCACCCACUGUUUCCCAUACGUAAAGAAGCGUAUAGCAGUCAUGUACCAACACCAGACUGACCUGAGCCCCAUAGAGGUGGCCAUAGAUGAGAUGAGUGCCAAGGUGAAUGAGUUGCGACAGCUGUGCUCAGCCUCUGAAGUGGACAUGAUACGCCUGCAGCUCAAGCUCCAAGGCAGCAUCAGUGUUCAGGUAAAUGCUGGUCCUCUUGCUUAUGCCAGAGCCUUCCUAGACAGUAGCAGUGCAAAGAAAUAUCCAGACAACAAAGUCAAACAGCUCAAAGAGGUCUUCAGGCAGUUUGUAGACGCCUGCGGUCAGGCGCUUGGCGUUAACGAGCGGCUAAUUAAAGAAGACCAGCAAGAGUAUCAUGAUGAGAUGAAGGCCAACUACAGGAAUCUGACGAGGGAGCUGUCGAACAUCAUGCACGAACAGAUAAACACAGUGGACGAUGGUCCAAGGAGCAAUCUGUCUGCCUCUAUGGGUAUCUUCAACACCAUCACUGGUACACCAACCAGUUCCAACCUACAGUACAUGGCUCGACCACCAUAUUCUGACAGAGAUGUUUGACAUCAGAAUUGCUGCUCCAUCACUACUAAUGACUGUUCAAACUAUCUGAAGGAUCAGCUGAAAACCUUCAAAGAAUCUAACACUACCUAAAAACAUAAUGUGUUACCGUUUUUCCUCCUUUUUUUAUCCGAUUUCAAAAUUUUCCAGGUCAUAACCUGGAAAAUCAAUUCAAUGUUAUUCUGUUUUAUUUAUAUAGCGCCAAAUCACUACAAGGUGCUUUAUAUUGUAAAGCAAAGACCAUACAAUAAUACAGAGGAAAAAACCCAACCCCAUUGAGCAAGCACUUGGUGACAGUGGGAAGGAAAAACCUCUGACAGAACCAAGCUCAGGGAGGGGCACCCACCUGCCGCGACAAGUGAAGUGAAGUCACGUGUGCUCCCCAUUAUUCUUGUUUCCUAUGGAGACUCCAUUCAAUACAAAUGGUUUUCAAACCUUUACAACAACUGUAAUAUCAUCAUCUGUCUACAUUUUCAUAUGUUGUUUAUUCUGUUCUGUAUUCUAAGAGGGUUGAACCAUGUGUAACUUAACAAGCAUGUAUUAGUACUUCAGUUUACAAUAUGGUCUUAUCUUGUUCUUCUGUCCAGAGCCCAACCCAAAGGAUACUAUCAUGGGGUUAACACUACAGACAAGGAAGUUUAGUGUUUUUGUAUUUGACUACUUGAUCUGUUUUUAACUCUGGGGAUCUCAUUCACAUAGUGUGUUUGUAAAAGAGUGCUUUAAGACAGUGAGACAUCAGUGCCACUGUAACCAUUCAUACAUUCCUAUGGCGCACAGUGUUCUUUCUUCAUUUUUUUCCUCCUGUCUAGCUACAGCAGAAGCUUUUUUUUUUUGUAAAGUGCAGAAGCAUCAGAGAUUAUCUUUGAUCUUUUCAAAGAAUUAGUCACUCUAUUUUAGGCCAUUGGGCAUUUAUAGAAACUUAACAGACUGUCAGUCUGCCCCAGGGCAGCUGUAGUUACAACUGUAGCUUGCCUCCACCAGUGUGUGAAUGUGAGAGUGAAUGAAUAGUGGAAUUGUAAAGCGCUUUGAGGGUCUCGAAAAGCGCUAUAUAAAUGCAAUCCAUUAUUAUUCAUUAUUAUUACUAUUUAAAGCCAGAUGAACCAAAAUGUUUUAACCUAUUUUCUGUAACAACAUUAUGUGCAAUAUUUUUUUUACAGUUACCAAGGCUACCCCCUCUUGCCAAAGACAUGAGAACAAAAGACAAUGCAAUGCAAGCAAAGAGUGUAACAAUUUGUAAUCUACCCCUUUGUUUCUUUGUCAUGACGCCUUUUAUUACCUGUGAAUUCAAAUUUAAAAAGAAACACAAGACUUUUACUAGAUCAUGAUUCAUCCAUUCAUUCAUAUGUUUAAGACAAAUAAAUAAAACACGUAAUAAUAA